AAAUUAAAUAAACCUCUAUAUAUAUGGACCUUGCAUGAGCUCCUUCAUUGCAUCUUCAGCUUUCUCUCUCUUUUAAUUUCCUCAGUAAAUCGUAAGAUGGGCCGCUCCACGUUGCGUUUGUUUUCGACUGUUUUCCUCGUCCUGCUGCUUGUAGCUAUCGAAAUGGGGCCAAGGGUUGCAGAAGGGAGGACAUGUGAGAGUCAAAGCCACAAGUUCAAAGGAGUAUGCGUGAGCAAAAGCAACUGUGCAGGCAUCUGCAAAACAGAGGGCUUCCACGGAGGCCAUUGCCGGGGCUUCCGCCGGAGGUGCUUCUGCACUAAACCUUGUUAAUUUCAUGAACCUUUGUCGUCUAAAGGAAGAAGAUAAUAAAUAUAAAUGUGAAAUAAAAUUAGUCUAGUUGUUUGAAACUAAAACUGGGUUUUUGGAGAUAAUUUGUAUCUUUUGUUGAAUGUUUGUUACUCAUGAGUUCCUGUAUGCACAUUUUGAUGUUGAUUAUUUUGCAUUUUUAUGAAUAAAAAUCUAUCUUAUGUUAAUAA